AUUACAGUCUUGUUCGUUGAAGAAGAAAAAAGUCCAAAAACCCUUUCCUAUCUCUAAAACCCGAGUGGGGGACGCCUCUCCUCCGAUAACGAAGACGAUAAAGUAGGAAGAAGAUCGAUUCGCCACGAGACCAGCCAUGAGCUCAUUCAACGGAAACAACAACAACAUGGACAACCUCCUACUCCAAACCCUACUCGGCCGCCUCCAAAUCCGCCCCCCAAACUCCCCUUUCCUCUCCCAAUCCCUAGACGACCUCCUCUUCAACAAAUCCGACGACAGCGACAACGACAACGACGAAGAAUCAUCCCUCCAAAACAAUCUCGAACGAGAAGAAGCCAAGCUCGAGAAGGAGCUGAUCCGCGUCAUCGUCUCGGGCCGAAUCGAUUCCCUCAAGCCCAAUUCAGGGCAGGCCGUGACGGUCAACGAGCACCACAUCUGCGUCGGGUUCCACGAGGACGAGGAGUCGGAUUACCGUGUGUGGGAGUGGCAUGGGCAUAUCAUGCUUUUCGAUGAGGAGAAUGGGUACACCCCUGAGUAUAUCUACGGGAAUUACUUCGAGAGGUUGCCUGUGAAGCUGCCGAGUAAGGAGAAGAAGGAGGUGAAAGAGGUGAAAGAGAAGGAGGAGGAGGAGGUGGAGAGUUUGGGUGGUUUGAGAGAGUUGAUUGAUGGUGGAGAUGGUGGUCGUGGUAGGGUUCUUCAUAGGAACAUCAACAUUGGUUCCUCAAGGGUCUAAUUCCUAGGAGCGGUUUGGCAGUGAGAGGUGACAUUGCUCGGGAAGAUUUCAGAUGUGUGGACAGACGACAACUCGGGACAAAAAAAACAAUAACGCGUUGGUGAAAUUACGGAUUCUGUUCCGUUCUAUUUAAACCAGUAAACUCAUGGGUGAAAAUCACCUGAAGUUGUUUCUGAUCCAAAUUUACAAUACAUGUUUGUGAACAGAGCAAAGAGUACACAUGAUUAUGGUCAUUGAACCCGAAAUUUUUGAGUUUUUCCCUUGUUUGUU